GCAGACGCGCAGCCGAGUCCCCGCGACCCAGGCGCGGGCGGCGCUCAGGCCCCGAGCGAGGCGGCUCUGGCGGCCGCACUAUGGAGUCGGGCCCCGAGGAGUACGAGCUUAACGGCGGCCUGCGCCCUGGCUCGCCCGGCUCCCCGGACGCCUCGCCAUCCCGCUGGGGCCGGAACCGGCCCAUCAACGUGAACCAUUACGCCAACAAGAAGAGCGCAGCUGAGAGCAUGCUGGACAUCGCCCUGCUGAUGGCCAACGCCUCCCAACUGAAGGCCGUCAUCGAGCAGGGCCCCGCCUUCGCCUUCUUCGUCCCCCUGGUGGUCCUCAUCUCCAUCUCCCUCGUGCUGCAGAUUGGCGUGGGCGUGCUGCUCAUUUUCCUUGUCAGGUACGACCUCAACAAUCCUGCCAAGCACGCCAAGCUGGACUUCCUCAACAACCUGGCCACCGGCCUGGUUUUCAUCAUUGUCGUGGUCAAUAUCUUCAUCACUGCCUUCGGCGUCCAGAAGCCCGUGAUGGACGUGGCUCCACGGCAGUAGGGUUCAGAUGCCCCCGGAUCGCACCCGGCCACAGCCACCCAGAUCCCGGAGCCGCCUCCCCCUCGAGGCCCACCUUCCUAUGGGGGGCACUCCCGGCAACCGCAAGAGCCCAGGCGGGCCCCACUAGACUGUGUCCUGGGACGAGCCGCCCGUGGCUAGGCCACCCCAGGCCAGCGCGGGCCCUGCUCCGUCCUCGGCUGCCCCUCCCCCCGGAGCGUGGCCCAGGGGACAGAAGUGGGGAAGGGUCGUAGCCACCCGGACACGCAGCAGCCCAAGGAUGGGAGCGAGGGGCCCCUGUCGGCCUUGGUCCCAGGACGUAUCCAGAGGGACAAGGAGACCCCUACCUCUACCAGCACAACGAGCAUCUGGGCUUCCAGGCCCCACGCUGGGGGCCCGGGGCAUCUGUGCUUCCCGACCCAGGACGCGGGACUGCUGGCCCCAGCUGGCCACGGGCCCUGCGCACGCCUCCCACCAGCAGGGCCCCGAGCCCCCACAUUUCUAAGCACCAACGACCAAUAAAGCUGACGCGCCUCCUCCCCUCAGGCCUGGCCCUGCAUUAUGUCCCCAGGCCCCCCAGCCUGUGAGGGCCUCCCCACCCCUCCAGGCCCGUCGUGGUGUCGCAGUCCCAGCCACGGGCGCCUUCUCAGGGACCAAGGGCUCACGCAGCAACUUGGCGUCUGGCAUGUCAGGGCACGGUUUUGAGGCAGAAACCGGGUUCUUGAAGCUCCGGUGCCCGGCAUCCUUUUUUAAUUGAGAUGCACAUUGGAGCUGCAGAAAUGGCUCCUCCCGUAGCCCCAGGAUGACACCGCGCGUCCUUGUUCGCUCCGCGAGGGGCAGCCACGGCCUGCAGCCCUGGAGCUGGCGGGACACAGAUUCUCCAGGGUGGCCGUGGCUCCCGUGAGGGACCGCACACCAUGACCAGGUCAGAAAACCAGCCUGAUCCUGCACUCUGGUCUACACUGCAGACCUGUGUGUGCGUUGUCAGGCAGCCGCGGUCUCGUAGAGCGGGGUAAACCCUGCAUACCCCACCCCGGCUCUGUCUGCAGGGCGCAGGGGGCACGUUCAGGAGGACUGGCCCCGGGUGCUAUGUCACGGCCACAGGGAGUCCACGGGUCCCCCAUCAACUUUGGUGGCUUUUGGGGCCAGAAGCCAAGACCUGGACCCUCCUCUGAGGAGGGCAGGGGAAGGACAGUGUGCAGGAUGACCUUGGGGAGCAGCCAGAUGUCACCCUGUCCUCAGGGCACACGGCCCACAGCCCCUGACCUCAUGGAAAGGUACGGCACUCAGGUUUCCUCCGGUCUGCAUGCCCAUGGGUCUCCCCUCUGCACCCACAGCCCUGGCCCAUGUGGGGUGCCCAGCGCUGCUGGUCAGGCCUAGGGGUACGGUGCUGGGCGGACACCAGCAAAGGCCUGUCCUAAGGGUCCCCUCCCUGGCUGGAACCCCCUGCUCUCUCAGUCCGCCCCUGCAACCUCCGGGGGCUGAGCCCUUGCUCUCUGCCCCCUUGGCCCCUCUUUCCUGACCCCCACUGGCCCCACCCCUCACAUUCUUGAUGUGGAACACCCUCACCUGGUCCUCUGGGUGGGGAACCUUCCAGGUCCAAGGCCCUUCCGCCAUCUGAGCCUAGGGCAGCUCCAACACCCCGUUCCUUAAAAUGCUCAGGUGACCCCUGGUCAGCUCCCACAAAGUGACCA